GCCCAGUGCAGAGGUUCCUCCAGUGAGGCAGAGCUCCAUCUCGGCUGUAUCCUCUCGUGCUCCUUCUGAAUAUAUAACAGUGAAUAAAUUACAGGCUUGCAGUUGCUCAGUGUUGCAGUCAGAACCGCUAAGCUUCUCCUGCAACAUCUGGCUGAACCAGACCCGCGAAUCGCAUGUGGACCAGCUAGCAGCAGAUACAAAGUGAAGGUUGUCAUGUUGGAUGCUGUCACCACAUCAAGGCUGAGUUUUGAGAGUGACUGGCCAUCAAGGUCCAAUAAAGAUCAGUAGCUCCUGGACGACUACAAGAGACAAGUGGGACGCUGCUGUUGCUGGAGAAGAAGAGUUGACAGUGGAGGGAUACAGGAUGAUCUUGGGAAGUGUAAACCGCCCGGGGCCGGUCCCUGCCUUCCUCAGGAGCCCCCCUGUGCUCCCCCCACCCCUGGAUAUGAAACCCUUCCUCCAGUUCCCCCUGGAAACACCUCAUGCUGCUUCCAUCGGUCUCUUCCACAGCUUUAACACAAUGGACCCCGUCCAGAAGGCCGUCAUGACACACACUUUUGGGCCCCCACUGGUGAAGACAAAGCGGCCGAUCAUCUCCUGCAACGUCUGUCAAAUUCGCUUCAACUCAGAGAGUCAGGCAGAAGCCCACUAUAAGGGAAACAGACACGCUCGGCGAAUAAAAGGCAUCGAGACGUCCAAAACGGCACGUCCUCAAGAUGGCGAUAAGCAGCCCCCUCCCCUCACUGCUUCACCAUCCCCUCCAGGACCCUCACCCUCCAGCCCAGAGCCAGAGGAUCAGAAGCAAGAUGACAGCCAAUCCUGCACCAAUUCCAGCGAAUCACCUCUGACCCCAUGUCGCCUCCCAACUCCCACACUGACCUCGGCAGAUGCUGACUGUUCUGUCGUUCCUUCUGUUGGCGCACCUUUGCCGUCCUCCCCCCUCCCUGCCGCCGUCCUCAGUGCAGACUCAGCGGUGGCUGUUGUCCCCGACACGCCGUCCCCAGCUGCCAGUCCGGCCUCUGGAGAGUCUGAGGAGGAGAAAGCUAAGAAGCUUCUUUACUGCUCUCUGUGCAAAGUCGCUGUCAAUUCGCUCUCACAACUGGAGGCACAUAACAAAGGUACCAAACACAAAACCAUUUUGGAGGCCCGCAGUGGCUUGGGGCCCAUAAAAGCAUACCCCCGGCUGUGUCCGAACUCCAGCAAUGAGCAGGGAGGGGAGCUGAACUCUGACCCCAACACUCAGGAACGCACCUUCCACUGUGAGAUCUGCAACGUCAGAGUAAAUUCUGAGCUGCAGCUAAAGCAGCACAUAUCCAGUCGAAGACAUCGAGAUGGAGUUGCAGGAAAACCGAACCCUCUUCUUAGUCGGCAUAAGAAGCGCACAGAAUUUAUGGAACUUCCAAAAAGUCUAGGGGGAGGACUUUUACCAAAUCCUCUGGCUGUUGCAGCAGCCAUGGCAGCAGCAGCAUCGUCUAAUCAGCUGGCCCUGAGACCGCCUGGCGCAACAGCACACCCUCACCCUCAUCAUCAUCUCCUACAGGGAGCACCCUUGAGCCUGCUCAGGCCUGCGCCCGGGCCCAUCCGCACCACCCAUGGGCCGAUCCUCUUCACUCCAUACUGAUGCUGGCAAAGGGAUCUGCAAUCCAGGGGAAGCACACUGUGAACCGUGGACAAGAAAUACAUGCUGUUUCAACCAGAAACAACUCUUGAAACUCACAAAGCUGCUGGGUGAAAAUAAUCGUCAUUUUAAAGAUCGUGUUUCCAAAGCACUAAUAGAAAGCUAGCUAUUUCCAUCAAACACAUGGUACUGUGAUUCUGAGUGAAAACUCAACCCCUCCUCUGGUUUUUGAUGUUAGCCUCUGCAUUUAGAGCAUCACUCCUAGAUUUUUUUUUCUCCCAAUCACGCUCAGCAAAAUAUAAUAGUUUUCUACGAUAGCGGGUAUCAUCAUGUCAGUCACAGUGCAGUGGACGCCUCAAUAAUAAGUCAUAUAUGUGGCCACAAAAGCAUUAGGGAACCACAAGUAUUCUUUUCAGUUAUAGUUCAGAAGUAACUUGGAAACUGUGGUGUAUGUCUAGGAGUCACCAUGUUUGGAUGGAAAGCCAUCGGACAUAAAAGACUACAGAGAAGAUGUAUCCAGUGCUAUGUAGCUUUAAAAGUUAUCCUCAGAUUCACCAACAAAAAAAAAGACAAGACUGAAGUGGUUAACUUAUAGUUGGAUGAACACUAGUAAAGCACAGGACUAGUGAGACAUCUGCAUGUAAAUAAAAGAAAAAAAAAAAAGCUUUGAAAAAUGGACGUCAUUUGCACCACACUGCACAAAACAGAACUGACAGAAAGGGAGCGGAUCAGCACUGUGAGCACAACAGGCUAUUGAGUAAUAAAAGCUAUUAAGUAGCAGGUAUUUUUGCAUUAUGUGCACAUUUAUUUACCACAUGUAGCCUCACCCGAGAGAGUGGAGGCAGUGAGAGGAAAGACACCAGCAUUAUGUUACUACGAUGGCGCAAAUGGACCACCACAUACCUUGAAGAAUAGACGUAUGCUAAAUAAAUCCUUUCUGAAAAGUAUCGUAGAUGACAGUGGGACAUAUUUCAUGUUUGUACGCUCUGCUGCUUUGUGAACCCAAACAAAAUUCGCUAUGAUGAUGAGUGUGAAACAGAAGAAAGACUUAGAAAACUGUAGCAAUACUUGCAGCACUCCUGCUAAUUCUUCAUAUUACCUGCAAUAAAAAAAAUGUCUAUAAAUAAAACUGUAUUUAUUGUUCUUUAGAGAUAUGUAUAGAAGUACUGUAAAUGUAGUUCCAAAAUGAAAAAUAAAUGUAUAUGUUGGGGCUUCCCAUAUGUUGGAAAAAAAAUCAUUAAAUUAAAUCAGAUUGUAAUAAGUGUUGACCGGCUGCAGUGUGUGC